AUGCCCAGAUCCUUCCUGGUCAAGAAGGUCAAACUUGACACGUUCUCCUCGGCGGACCUCGAGAGCUCCUACGGGCGCGCCCGCAGCGACCUCGGAGUGCGACUGCACGAGAAAGGAUACCUCAACGACUACGCGGGGCCCGCCUCCGUCUACGAUGGCGAUGCCGAGGCGGCCUUGCUCAAAGGGCCGUCCCCAGAGCCCAUGUACGCUGCGGCCGUGCGUGGAGAACUGGGCCCGGCGGCCGCGGGCUCGGCACCGCCUCCUACCCCGCGCCCAGAGCUGGCCACAGCCGCGGGCGGCUACAUCAACGGCGACGCCGCCGUCAGCGAGGGCUACGCGGCUGACGCUUUCUUCAUCACCGACGGGCGCUCGCGCCGUAAGGCCGCCAACGCCGCCGCUCCCUCCACGGCCUCUGCCGCAGCUCCCGACUGCGACGGCGGAGGCGGGGCCGGGGCGGGUGCGCGCGGCGCGGGGUCGGGGACGUACGCCACGUCGUCGAACCUGAGCCGCCACAAGCAGACGCACCGCAGCCUGGACAGUCAGCUGGCGCGGCGCUGCCCGACGUGCGGCAAGGUGUACGUGUCCAUGCCGGCCAUGGCCAUGCACCUGCUCACGCACGACCUGCGCCACAAAUGCGGCGUGUGCGGCAAGGCCUUCUCGAGGCCCUGGCUGCUGCAAGGCCACAUGCGCUCCCAUACAGGCGAGAAGCCCUUCGGCUGCGCGCAUUGCGGCAAGGCCUUCGCCGACCGCUCCAACCUGCGCGCGCACAUGCAGACGCACUCGGCCUUCAAGCACUUCCAGUGCAAGCGCUGCAAGAAGAGCUUCGCGCUCAAGUCCUAUCUCAACAAGCACUACGAGUCUGCAUGCUUCAAGGGCGGCGCUGGCGGCGGGGGCCCCGCGGCCCAGGCGCCCGCCGCUUCGCCGCGGCUCAGUCCUGUGCAGGCCUAG